CACACUCGCUAACAGUCUGCCCGGUGCGACACCGUAAGCACAUUGGGUACGGAGGCGGCAGAGAACUCACUGAAUCGGAGAUAGAAGAUGGCGAAAAGGACUCAGCGGUGUGAGAAGACGGUAGCUGUGAAGAAGGGUCCAUGGAGUCCUGAGGAGGAUCACAAGUUGGUAGCUUACAUUCAAAGAUAUGGAAUUUGGAAUUGGAGUCGGAUGCCUAAACCAGCUGGUCUGGCCAGGUCCGGGAAGAGUUGUAGACUUCGUUGGGUGAAUUACCUAAGGCCGGAUAUUAAGCGUGGGAACUUCGGCAAAGACGAAGUGGAAACCAUACUUGAGUUGCAUCAAGCAAUAGGAAACCGAUGGUCUGCUAUUGCAGCAAGGCUUCCCGGAAGAACGGACAAUGAGAUUAAGAAUUACUGGCACACCCACAUGAAAAAACGCUUCAAGGCGGGGAUUGAAUCAGUACACGAAGAAGCAAAAGGGUCCGGUGACAAGGAAGCCAGCAAGAACAAGUUAUCUGAAGCUGGACAACUCUUUCUUGUUGAUGAAGCUACGAAGGUAGCAUCAUUAAAGUCGGAGGCAACUUGUUCAGCUUCAUCGAGCGUAUACUUUCCCGUUUGGGAAUUCGACGAUCAAAAAGGCCAGAUUGCAGAGCAAAGUGUUUGUGCAUCUGAUGUCACAUUUGGUGAGCUUCAAAGUUUGGAUUCUCAAGUGUGGCAGCAAGAGCCUAUAUUUCCAUGUGAUUCCUACAUUAAUCAUGUCACCAGUGAUUACUGGGUCAGUUUAAUCGAUAAAACAGGAUGAGUUAGAUUAAUUAAAAGUGUUUGAACUUUGAAUAAGCGGAAAUCGUAAUGUCUUGUGUAUUUGGAUGCUUAAGUACAGCAGUCAA